UUACCUUUACAAAGAGUUACACGAGUUACUGAGCGUAGCUCAGUUGACAAUUGCAUAUCAAAAUACUAACUGGACUUCCACUGGUCCAAACACAGACUUGGAACUUCAUCAGCAGGUAGAUCAACUCCAUAAAGGUCUUCAGGAGAAAAAUGAACUGAACAGUCGACUUCAGGAAAGGCUGUCUAGUGCAGAGGCAUGUUUGAACGUGAAGAGAAUUUCAGCUAGUACAAACACAGACCUUGAUCUUUACCGGUUACAGAAAGCCCUUCAAGAGAAGAAUGAACUUAACAAACACCUUGAGGAAAGACUAGGCACUCCAGAGGCAAUUCUGAAUAUGAACAGCAAUUCAGCUAGUACGAACACAGACCUGGACCUUCACCAGCUGCAAAAGGUUCUUCAUGAGAAGGAUCAAAUCAACAAAGACUUGCUGGAAAAACUACACAGGGCAGAGUCUACUGUAGAACAUCUGAAAUCUAGCAGAGCUGUUGCUAACCAGAAUACAGACCCAAGUCUUUAUCUGCAGACAGAUCAGCUUCAGAAAAAUAUUUUGGAAAAGAGACAACUUUACGAAGAGCUUCAGGAAUUACUGCAGACAGCAGAAUCUACCCUAGAACGCCAGAAUUCUACUGGAACUUCAGCUAGUCCAAUUAAAGAACUGGAUCUUCAUCAACAGGUAGCUCAGCUUCAGAAAGUCCUGCAGGAGAAGAAUUACCUUUACAAAGAGUUGCAUGAGUUACUGCACGCAGCUCAGUUGACCAUUGCAUGUUUAAAUGCUAACCAAACUUCAGCUGGUCCAAACACAGACUUGGAAUGUCAUCAGCAGGUAGAACAGCUCCAGAAAGCUCUACAAGAGAGGAAUGAUCUCAACAGACAGCUUGAGGAAAAACUAUCUGGAGCAGAGGCACGUCUGAAUGUGAAGAGAACUUCAGCUAGUACAAACACUGACUUGGACUUUCACCAGUUGCAGAAAGCCCUUCAGGAGAAGAAUCAGAUCAACAAAGACUUGCUGGAAAGAGUACACAGAGCAGAGUCUGUCCUAGCACAUGUAAAUAGUAAAAAGGGUGUAGCUAAUCAGAAUGAAGGUGUGGAACUUCACCAGCAGAUUGACCAGCUUCAGAAAGCAGUUCGGGAGAAGAAUGAACUUAACAAACAACUUGAGGAAAGACUGUGCGCAACAGAGGCACUUCUGAAUGUGAACAGAACUUCAGCUAGUACGAACACAGACCUGGACCUUAGCCAGCUGCAAAAUGUCCUUCAUGAGAAGACUCAAAUCAACAAAGACUUGCUGGAAAAACUACGCAAGGCAGAGUCUUCAGUAAAACAUUGUAAUGCUUAUGGUGCUGUAGCUAAUCCGAACAUAGAUCUGGACCUUCAACAGCAAGUGGACCAGCUUCAGAAAGCCCUGCAGGAGAAGAAUGAAGUUAACAAGCAACUUGAGGAAAAGCUGUCUGGAGCAGAGUCCACCAUAACAGUUAUGAAUCCCAACAUAACUGUAGCUGGUCAAAACACAGACCUUCACCAGCUACAAAAAGCCCUCCAGGAAAAGAAUGAACUUAACAAGAAACUUGAGGAAAGGCUGUCUGCAGCAGAGUCCACCUUAACAGUUCUGAAUGCUAACAGGGCUUCAGGUAGUACAAACAUAGACCAUGACCUUCACCAGCUGCAAAAAGUCCUUCAUGAGAAGAAUCAAAUCAACAAAGACUUGCUGGAAAGGCUACACAAAGCAGAGUCAACCAUAGAACAUCUGAAAUCUAGUAGAGCUGUUGCUAAUCAGAAUACAGAUGUCAAUCUUUAUCUGCAGGUAGAUCAGCUUCAGAAAGCCAUUUUGGAGAAGAAACAACUUUACAAAGAGCUUCAGGAAUUACUACAGACAGCAGAAUCUACCCUAGAGGCCCACAAUGCUACUGGAACUUUAGCUAGUCCAAAUAAAAAACUGGAUCUUCAUGAACAGGUAGAUCAGCUUCAGAAAGACCUUCAAGAGAAUAAUUGUGUUUACAAAGAGUUACAAGAGUUAUUGCGUGCAGCUCAGUUGACCAUUGCAUGUCUAAAUGCUAACCAAACUUCCACUGGUCCAAACACAGACUUGGAUUGUCAUCAGCAGUUAGAUCAACUCCAGAAAGGUCUACAGGAAAAGAAUGAACUUAACAAACAGCUUGAGGGAAAGCUGUCUGGAUCAGAGGCAUGUCAGAAUGCGAUGAGAACUUCAGCUAAUACAAACACUGACCUUCAGCAGCUGCAGAAAGCCCUUCAGGAAAAGAAUCAGAUUAACGAAGACUUGCGGGAAAGACUACACAAGGCAGAAUCUUUUAUAGAACAUCUGAAUGCUAAUAGAGGUGUAACAAAUAGCAAUACAGAGCUGGAAGUUCACCAGCAGGUAGAGAAGCAGCAGAAAGCCCUUCAGAAGGUGAAUGAAGUUAACAAACAACUUAAGGAAAGACUAUGUGCUACAGAAGAACUUCUGAAUGAGACCAGAACUUCAGCUAGUACAAACACUAACCUGGACCUGCAACAGCUUCACAAAGCCGUAAAGGAGAAGAAUAAACUUAACAAACAACUUGAGAAAAGACUAUCUGAAGCAGAGUCCACCUUUGCAAUGGAAUGUUAUCAACAUAAAAAAGACCUCCAGGAGAGAACUGAAAUUAACAAAGAGCUACAGGAGAGAUUACGUGAGGCAGAGUCUACCAUAGAAUGUCUGAAUGAUAAUCCUAACCCAGACACACACCUUCAUCAAAUGGUAGAUGAGCUUCGAAAAACCCUUCAGGAAAAGAACCAAUUUUGCGAAAAGCUGAAGGAAAGAUUAUUCACAGCAGAAUCUACCACAUCCCAUUUGAAUCCCAACAUAGCUGUAAAGAAUGAGAACCCAGGCAUUGACCACCUUCAGCAAGUAGAUCAGCUGCAAAAAGCCCUACAAGAGAAGACACAAAUUAUCAAGCAACUACAGCAAAGGCUACACACAGCGGAGUCCGCCGUAACCCAUCUGAGUGCUAACAGAGCUGUAACUAAACAGAGCACAAACCUGGACCUUCAAAAGCAGGUAGACCAGCUCCAGAAAGCUCUUCAGCAGAAAAAGCAAAUUAACGAGGAGCUGCUGCAAAGACUGCGCACUGCAGAGUCCACCAUAGCACAUCAGAAUUCUAAUCACACAAUGCGUGAAGCCGGGACUUCUUUGGAACAUGAUGACAAAGAGGUUCAGGUGGAUUUGCAAGACCUUGGUUACGAAACCUGUGGAAAGAGUGAAAAUGAAGUGGAUAGGGAAGAAAACCGUAGUACAGAAAAUGAUAAUCGGCUUAAAGAACACAUGAAUGAAGCCAGCCUCCCAUCCCUGCUCAAAAGAAAUGGACAAUUCUUCUCUGUGGAGAAUCUUGAUACAAACUCGUCAAUCUCUUAUCCAAGUUCUCCCUGUCUGAGCUCACCCAAAAUCAGCACGAAGAGCCUGCAAAUCUAUGAUGACUAUGGUUUUACAGACGACUUGGGCGAGCUCAAGCAGCAAGUUAUGGAACUGAAAACAAAACUGGAGAAUUAUCAGAGGGUUAUUCACCACCUGCAGAGUCUUCACCGUAGAAACUCCCUGUCAAGUGAUCUCUUGACCAUUGGGUCAGAACCAGGCCAGCAGACCACAGUGAUGCUCCAGGAAGAACAUGGAGAUUUAGAAAAGGAUGGCCAAGAGAUGUGUUCUCACAAGUCUUUGGGUCUGUUUAGCCAAGACCACAGCCAGAUUGGAAACUUUCCUUUAGGCCAUGAUGAUGAAGACAAGCAGAUGCUGAAGGAUGAGAUAGCAAGCCUUAAGAUUGAACUUGACAAGGAGAAGGCCUCAAACAAGAAUCUUUUGGAACAGUUGCAUCAACUUCAAUCAAAAAUCAGAUCAGCAUCCCCAGCUAGGUUUGAUUCGCUGGUGCAGUCCCAGGCUCGAGAGCUGUCACAGCUCAGGCAGAAGAUGAAGGAUUCUCGCAGCCUGGGCAUGCUGCACCAUCACCAGCUGGAGGAUCUCAACAAGUCCUUUGAAGAGCUACUGCAGGCCAGUGAUGUGGAUUACUAUGUGGGGAAAGCUUUCCGGGGGCAACUGGACAAGAGCCUUUUAGUGCUUGGAAAGCUAGAAGACCAGCUUGAGUGCGGGGGUGGGUAUGCAGACAACGAAGACAACACACUUCUUGAAUUUGCAGAAAGGUAUGCUUUUUUAAAAAACUUGAAACACUCACUCAAACAAAACGUAAACAGUAAUACUGUUUUUGUGAAUUUUGUUUUCUUUAUUCUUUUAUUAAAUGAACUAUUAUGAUCAGAAUGUGCAAAGCGUCCAUGAGUGGCUCACCUGGUAAAGGCGCGUGGUGUACAGGGUAGGUCCAGAGCCGUACCGAUCCUUGAUGCACCCUGUGCGAGAUAUAAAUCCAGCACCCACCCAGAACAUGCAGUCAG